AUGGAUCACAAAGUGUUGGAGAGAGCAGAGAGAGAGGAUCAGUUCUGUUGCUUCUGACUUCUGACCGGAUUUCUUAGAUUCACUCAUCUUCAUCUUCAUCUUCAUCUUCCUCCAUGUCAGUUCUUCCUCGGGGCCUCAAAAUGCUGCAGCAGUUCUGGAAGAUAAAGGAACUCUUGAUUCUGGUCGGCACCCCGUUUCUGCUGCUGCCGCUGGCGCUCGGCACCACGGAAGCGGCCUGUGGGUAUGUCAUCGCCCUCAUGGCAGUGUACUGGUGCACGGAGGUUCUACCUCUGGCGGUGACGGCGCUGCUGCCCACCAUCCUGUUCCCGGCGCUCGGCAUCAUGGAGUCCAAAAAGGUGUGCAUGCAGUACAUGAAGGACACCAACAUGCUGUUUGUGGGGGGACUGAUGGUGGCCUUGGGUGUGGAGCGCUGGAACCUCCACAAACGGAUCGCACUCAGAGUUCUGCUGCUGUUCGGAGUCCGACCUGCCCUACUGAUGCUGGGGUUCAUGGGGGUCACGGCCUUCCUGUCGAUGUGGAUCAGCAACACAGCCACCACCGCUAUGAUGGUCCCCAUCGUGCAGGCUGUCCUCGACGAGCUCCUUGACAAUAAGAACAAGGUUGGCGUUGGCGUGGAGAUGGUGAAGAUCCAGAGCAGGGCUGUGUCUGUGCAGCAGGAGCAUCAGCAGAAGACCAUCAGCAUCGAGGAAAUGGCCGACCCAAACAUCCCAAGCAAAGAUCUCAACCUAUCAACUAAUCAUAGUCAAUCAGAGGAAGUCAUCAGCCCAGAAGACACCAAGGCACCUAACCAGGAGUUGGAGCUGGAGGAGCUGAGUGAUGAAGAGCAGGAGAAGAAGAGGAUGAGGAAAGGUCUUAUGCUUUCUGUGUGCUAUGCUGCCAGCAUCGGAGGCAUUUCCACCCUGACAGGAACCGGGCCCAACCUGGUUCUGAUGGGACAGAUGAACCAACUGUUUCCUCAGAACGGCAAUGUGGUCAACUUUGUAUCAUGGUUCGUGUUCGCCUUCCCCACCAUGUUGCUGAUGCUGACCCUGUCCUGGUUCUGGUUGCACUUCCUCUUCAUCGACUGGAACCUAAAGAAGACCUUGGGCUGCGGCUCGACCCAGACCGACAAGGAGAAGGCCGCGUACGACGCACUCAAGGAGGAGCACAGGCAGCUAGGACCCAUGAGUUAUGGUGAGAUCAGCAUCCUGGCACUCUUCAUCCUUAUGGUGGUGCUGUGGUUCACAAGAGACCCUCGCUUCAUGGACGGCUGGGCCACCCACCUCUUCAACGCCAAAACACAGUUCGUCAGCGAUGCCACCGUGUCGUUGUUCAUCACCCUCUUGAUGUUCAUCCUUCCCUCCAAGCCGCCACGCUACCUCUGCUUCUGGCGGUCCUCCGACUCUGAGAGCCGGCAGUCCCAAGGCCCCUCCCCUUCGCUGCUCACCUGGAAGGUGGCCCAGAACAAGAUGCCCUGGGACGUCAUCCUCCUGCUGGGGGGCGGCUUUGCUCUGGCUAAAGGCAGCGAGGUGUCCGGUCUUUCCCGCUGGCUCGGCAAUCAGAUGACGCCGCUGCACUCCAUCCCGUCGUGGGCCAUCGCCAUCAUCAUCUGCCUCCUCGUCACCACCUUCACGGAGUGCGCUAGCAACGUCGCCACGGCAACGCUCUUCCUGCCCGUCCUUGCCUCCAUGUCCCAGUCCAUCAGCCUGAACCCACUCUACGUCAUGUUACCCUGCACCCUCAGUGCCUCCUUCGCCUUCAUGCUGCCAGUGGCCACGCCCCCCAACGCCCUCGUCUUCUCCUCCGGCUACCUCAAAGUGUCAGACAUGGCUAAAGCCGGCGUGGUGAUGAACCUCAUAGGGAUUUGCUGCAUCACUCUGGCCAUCAACAGCUGGGGGCGUGCCCUGUUUUCUCUGGACUCUUUCCCCUUGUGGGCCAACAUCACUUCCUCGAUGUAGAACCCACAACCUCCUGCCAGCUGGGAUCCUCCUGUCCUGAGCCUCCGGACGCAGAGUUCUCCAAAAACCGCUCCCAGUUUUACUUCAUCAGCACAGUUCAGAGAGAAGUCAGGACUUUUCCUCAUCUAAUGCUAGUUUAUGUCUUUAUCACAUGAGGCUGCAUCCAUUCUGAGUCCUACUACUGAAUAAUGACUGGCUGGCACCAAGCAACCAGAUUCAGCAACUGAGCAACCAGCACUGGCAAAUAAGAAGGAAGCUACUCUCUAGUGUUAGCUUUGGAGAGAUUGGUCACAAACUGGAUUGAUAUAUUACUUUGCUAUCCAUUGGUACCAACAGGCUAGUGUUAGAAUUUGAUAGCCUAGCAUUAGCAUUGACCAGGCUUUGGAGGCUAGUUGUUUGCCUAUCUACAGCUAAUGCUAGAUUCUCCAAAGCUAUUUCUAGCCAAACUGUGCUAAUAGGCAGCAGAGGAAGUAGUAGGCUGGAUGACCAGCCUAGACAUGCUAGUCACCAGCCUCUACAAAGCUAACGCUAGUAGUCUCCUUUUCAUUAGCCAGUGUUGGUUGCUCAAAUACCACUGCCAGCCUAUCAUUAAUCAGAUUACACUGGAUUACACUGGAUUAUACAGGGAUUACACAGACUUUCAUGAAUGUUUGUACACACACAUCCAGUUCACAUACAGAAAAAUAGACUCAAACUAGUGCAACUUAAAUUUCAUUUUGAGUUGUUUAGCUGAAGAAUGAUGGAAAACCCAUGAAAAAAACUAAUAAAAGGACUAACAGAACAGAGCUAACAGAAUUGGGUUCUGUAAGCUCAAAUGGUUCUGAUUAAGGUCCAAACAGGG